AUGGCAACGCUUGCCUUUGAAGAGGACCCGGCUCUUUACAUAUUCACGUCUCUGACGGCCGGAUCAUCGCACAUUGUCACAGCCACGUCACGUCUAGAGACUAUUUUACGCGCCAACCGAGUGCCCUUCAAGGCCGUCGACAUGGCCACCAACGAAAAGGCCAAGCGUCUAUGGGCACGCAGAGCGGGAAAAGACGAGGGCGGCCGUAUAAGAAAAUUACCCGGUCUCUUCCAAGAAGGCUUUGUAGUAGGAGAUCUAGUCGAGGUUGAAGAAUGGAACGAGUACGGCGAGCUGAAGCAGCAUGUCAAGAUAUAUUACGACGAGCACACGAUACCCAACAUCCACAAUAAACACCCCGCGCCAAAGCUGAAACGCACCGUCAAGAAGACGACGACAGGCUCAACAAAAGCCGCCACGGCGAUUUCUGACGCAGUCGGCGCGUCUGCUGGCGGGUCAGCAUCUCAAAAAGCUUCUGGCGAGAAGGCUGCGCCAGAGACAAAGGAGCUACCAGUGCGGUCUCUAGCUACUGAAGCGGCGGCCAAGGCCAAGGAACUCAAGUCUAAGAGCCUGAAGGAAAAGGUGCACGGCUCGGAAAAGAAAGAUGCCGUUGACAAAGAAAAGGAUAGCGCCGAGGUGAAGACUGGUGGCAAGGAGGAGGCUGGGAAACGGGAGGUCGAAAUAGACACCAAGGAAGCUGCAGAUGAAGGAAAGGGUGCCGAAGAGGUCGAGCAAAAGAAGAAUACCGGUGAAGAGGUGGAAGCCCCCAAGACAGAUGGAGCUGGGAAGACAGCUCCGGAUGGCAAGAAGGACAGCGAAACGAAGUCAUCCGCGAAUGGGAAGUCAAAGGAAGAUGACGCUGAAGACGAUGACAGCGACGAAGACAGUAAAGAGGAAGAAGAGGUUGCCCAGAAAGAAGCAAAUAAUAAAUCAGGGGUCAAAGCUCCUGUAGCUGCUGCGGCUGCUUCGGCCGUCGCUGCGGUAUCCUCUGCCGCUGCUGCGGCCGUCGCUGCCGUCACGCCAGCGCUUAAGUCAGACACGCAGGACAAUGCGAGACCAAAGACGCCCACAAAGACUUCUGCCGGCGCCGCACCGUCCGCGUCCCAGAGCAAGACUGCGACUGCCAGCCUGCAAUCCCCCACGAGUACAACCUGGAAGAGUGCCGGCCACGAGUCCCUGGGGGCAUCUGUGCAGAGUCCUACAAGCGGAAAGUGGCGUCAGGCGGCUGUGGAUGAUGAUGAUGAUGAUGAUGAUGAUGACUCGGACGAGGAGGAUAGUAGUAGUAGCGAUGAUGAAGAGAAGAAGAGCAAAGAGGAAACAGCAAAGGGUCAUGAGAAAAAGUCUGAGCCGCCGGCGGCAUUAGAGAAGCAAGUUGACGACGAAGAGGAGGAUAGUAGUGAUGAGGAAGAGGACAGUGAAGACGAAAUAGUAAAGGGUCCUGUGAAGAAGCCCGAACCUCUGGCGGCAUCAAAGAAGCAAGAUGACGACAACGACGAGGACGAGGACGAGGACGAGGACGAAGACGAUGACAGCGACGACGAGGAGGAGGAUGAGGAGAAGAAGAAGAAACCCAUGGCAGCAAAACCUGCGACAGAGGCCAAACCUGAGGUGGUAAAGGCAAAGGCAGCAGCGAAGUCAGCGGAUGAUGACGAUGACGAUGAUGGCGAGGAGGAGGAAGACUCUGAUGAGGAGGAGCCAGCGGCCAAGAAGUAG